GAAUUUGGAUGAAUGAAUUCGCAUCUCUUCUCAAUUGAAUGAAUUUAUUGUAAAUUUCCUCAUGCAUUUCUCAUUUUCUUAAUAUAUUAGCCGAUUUUUGCUCACACAGUAAAGCUUUUUAGCGGGAGCUUAAAAGAGAACUGAUUCGAGGUUUUGAACAUAUUCAUUUGAUAUUCUAUCUCGUUGAUUAUUAGUUAAUGUGCUUGUGAUCACAGCAGAAAUUCAAGGAAUAUUCUACGGUAACGGUAAUCAUUAGAAACCGCUUAAACUCUGAAACUGUUCAUCACAUACAUUUUCUGAAUUUCAAUCUCCUCAGAAAUCACGCGCAUAUGGUGUUUGUAUACAGAGUCCAGAGCACAAUCACGAACCUUUAUUAACGAACUCAGAUCUUACUGAGUACAUCAUUUGUCCAACAGGAAAGUUUGGAAAUUUGGAGGUAGCUCAAACUCAAAUUCAAAAUCAAGAAUUUGAAGAACGUCAUGGAAUUUUUUUACGGAAGCAGUAAUGAUAUGCAAGCUUACAAAGUCCAUUCCUUCGACGGCAAUGUUUCGCCGAUCAACGCUCAGAACUUCAUAGGACGAGGCCGUUUCUAUCCUGGAUCAAAAACUCCUACCCUCGAUCCUUACGUUUCUUCAGAAAGUACAGGUAGUUCUUCCAAUAUAGUCUCUCCGCUAGCCAGAUACCUUUGUCCUCGCUCGCCGCUGCCAUUUACUAGCGAUUCUCCGAAGCACCGUUCUUUGGUCAAUACUAGCAGCGGAAGCAGAAGCGGUUCCGGCGGCGGAGUUUCCCGUUCGCCUCUAGCGUCACUAGAAAACAUCGAGAUUCCCCUGAUGUUCAGAACUCCGGUGAAGGUCGAAGAGGAUGUGGUAGUCAUGGACGGUAUUCUCGUUGAGCCGAAACAUGGUCCGAGAGCUAAAUUGUCACCGUCGACAUCAGAUUCAGGUGGACGGUUGUCUUCGUCGACAUCGGGAAAAGACAAUAGCUUUCAUAAAUCGGAAACUUGUCGGUGGUGGGAAGAUUCCGGCAGUUGCCGCUUUGGUUCCAAAUGCCGGUUUGUACACGGGAAAGAAGAUUUACGCCCAACUGCUUUCGCCAACAGAAAUUCAUCUGAGGCACUGCUCUGCAGAUCAUACAGUUCUGGAUCAUCUUCGUAUGGACCAAGGGGACGAUCUGUUCAUCACCAGGUCCACUCAACCGCGCCUCCAACAGAAGCAGCAGAAAUGUCCACCCCAACUACUACUACUACUCUUAAAGUGUUUACUAAAGACAAAGAGCCCUCAAGCAGCGACAGUAGCACCACUUCCACCUCCACCGGUACUAUCUCUGGCACUGACUGGUGUCCCCUGGAUGAUAAUAUCGAGGUCACCUUGCCUUCUUCUGGUGAAAAUUGUGCUUCCAGGGAAGAUGUUGAUGCUCAUAUACAGACUGUUCUCUAUGGCCCUUCUGGAAGGAAGAGAUUGCCGGUAUUCAUUGACUUUGCUGAGGAGUAGAUAUUCCAUAUUAACGAGUCAGUUCAAGCCAUCAAUUCUCAAUAAAGGUAAUCAAGAGCUGUUAGUUACUUCGUUGUGUUCAAAAAGGGUUUAGGUGCUUUUGUUGUGUUGCAGAUUUGACAUCCUGAAAGUACUAUCAUAACCAAGACAAUACUCUCAAAUAAUAUCUAGUAUAUGAAUGGACAACUGGGCAUUAUAUCAUACAACAUAGAAUUGCUGAUAGUAUAAUGUCUGGGACAUGGAAUAAAACAGGAAACAUAUCAUAAUUGAUCGAACAUGCAGGGGUCUUGUUUUUGAAUUGCUUUCCUGAAUAUUGAGCUUUUGUAUCUAAGAUCAAGUUAAUUAA